AUGGCCACGCUUCCCUCACUCACUGGAGAGAGCUCCGGACGCGCGUUAUGGAAAGGCCUUCAGAUCUCCUGCCAGCACCUGCCAGUGGCCAAACCCAACAAAAAGCUAGACAGCAAAGGAGCCUCGGGAAGACAUGCUACAGCUGCCUUCCCGGUAGAGCCCAGUGCGAAAGGGGGGAGGUGUGGCCCAAAGAGCCGGAAGAGAGAUGUUUCUCCAGUGUGGACAAGAGAACUGGCCAGAGAUGUUUGUAUUUGGAUAAACCUCCUGCCUAAAGGAUGUGAAAAUCCAAGCUCCAGAAAAUGUGGAAUUUCUCUUGGAACUGGGCUUCUAACUUUCAUGUGUGCACACAGAAACACUGUAAAUCAGGCUUUUCUAAGAAAAAGGUGCACAGAGAUUCAGUAAGCUUGGUUACUAGUAUUAUUAGCAGGAUUUUCUGUUCUCUUUCAUUCUCAGCCAUUUUAUUACAAUUUAAUCUUUGUAAAUCCUACUUUGGAUCAUUCGGGCUUCUCAGAAGUUUGGAUUACUGGAAUUACAGACUUGAUUUUGAAAUUGCUUUUCAAAGACUCAAAAAGUCUUGCUAUAGUGAUGCCUUCUUUCAUCAUGCCUUUUAAAUCCAAGGGUUACUGGCUUGUGCUCUUAGAAGAAUUAUGUCAGUUUUACUGAAUUUUGUUCCUAUAUCAGUUUUGGUUUCAUUACCUUAUUUGCUACAGGGAGUUUAAUAAAGAUCUUGGGAUAUUACUAUCUUUAUUCUACCUCAUUUUGAAACUUUGGGUUUUUUGUUUUUUUGUUUGUUUGUUUGGAAAUCUGAGAACUUUCAGAGCGCUUUUGUGAAUACUUUUUACAUGACCAAGUUGGAGGACCUGCUCAGGUGUGGAUGAUACUUGUUCAAUAUGCCAACCUGAAUUUCAGAAAGUUAUUUUUCCUAUCUGUCAGCAUGUAUUUUCUGAAGAGUACAUUACCUUACUGUUUUACAGAGAGAAUAUAGGUCUGCUGUGCAAAAGCGAGAUUUCAGACCAUAUAAACAAAUGGAAAGAUGGGGCUACCUCAUCACACCUUCAAAUGUAAUUAAGUCCUACAAACAAUUAAAACCACAAAAUAUUCAUUGCAUUGGUUACGGACUAUUGCUAAAGGCCCUAGGAAGGAUUUUAGGGCUUAAAAAAUAAGAAAAAUAUUCCUAAACAUUUUUAGAAUGCUAGCGUAAGAUUUAAGUGGAUGUUUUAAUUUUUUUAAUUUAAAUGAGUGAAAGAACACUGGUUUUGAAAAUAAGUAAUAAUCAACCUAAUGUCUAUGUCCACCAUAUUUCUUCCAUCCUAAUUACCUGAUAUAUGAUUGCAAUGUAAAAUUGUAAAUGCGUUUUCUUGCUAAUUUUGCCCAAAAAAUGGCAACUGGAUAACUAACUAGAACCAGUUGUUUUAGGGGAAUUUGAAUAUUCUUUUCUGACAUUGUUUCAGAAUAAAGAAUAUUUUUCACAAUAUUUUAAGAUAUGUCUUUAUCCCGAAUCUCAAAAAAAACAAAUGUUCAUAAAAUUUAUAUUUUUAAUGAAAGUUCUAUAUGCUAUAAUUUACCCCUAACCAUUAGAUUUUCUAAGUGCACAUUAAUUUACUGAGGAUGCUAUAUUUUAAUAUUGUAUUACUCUUUGUAAUACAAUUAGCAAUCAAUAAGAAUUAAUCAUUUCAAUUAUUUUAAAAACCUCAAGUGUUGUUAGAAAGAUUGCAUUAAUGGUGUGGCCUCCACCCCAAUAUAUUGUCCCCAAAGUAACCAUCAUUAACCGAGGAAGAAGGGCACGGGGCGAGAAAGCAAAUAAGUAAGACUCAAGAAUGACAUGUCUGCAAAACUUUGAACACAUUUCCCGGCAGGUGGAGCUAACUAGAAGCUAACAGAUCAAAAACCUACAUUUCUGGGUAAACUAUACUGCCAAGUAUAUAUGAGGUUAACCUGAAAAAGCCUUUGACUGUCUGAACACUGAAACCAUCUCAGGAUCUUGCCCUUGCACAAGCAGGAAGCAGGCUGUGAGAGUUGGAGAGCCCUUCAGAAGGAAAAACUGCCAAGUAUCCUCUCCAGCUGCAGCCAUGGACUAUAGGACAAGGACAAGGACCCUCCCAGAGGAUGGACCAAGUGGACACGGGAGUUCCACCCCGGGCAGCAGGAUCAGAAUCUAAUCAAGGACUUUCCCACCCACAGGGCCAGCCUUCCUGAGGCUCACUCAGCAGGAUUUCAUUCAUAGGAGCAACCAGUAACUCCUGAGUGUCUUCCAUUCUUUUGUUUUCCAAGAGAGUUUUUAUUGUAGUAAUCUGUUCUCUGACCACUAUCAUACAUAUAUUGAGAGGGAGAAGGGACCAACAGCUUAUCUUUUUUUUUUUUUUUUUU